AUGCUACGUGCUCAGAAAACCCUGUCCCUGGUGGGUAGAAGAGGGAUCAAGACAGUCCACAAGGAGCUCAAGUUCUCCAACAGUGCUAGAAUCGCAGUCUUACAAGGUGCUUCAAAAGUUUACAAGGCUGUUUCUGCUACUUUAGGUCCAAAAGGUCGUAAUGUUCUUAUGGAACAAAAAUAUAAUGCUCCAAAAAUCACAAAAGAUGGUUAUAGUAUAGCUCAAGAAUUAAGUUUUGAAGAUAGAUUCGAAAAUAUGGGUUGUCAAUUAUUAAAAGAUGUUACAAAUAGAUCAAAUUUAGAAUCUGGUGAUGGUACUACAACUUCCACUGUCUUAGCUUAUAAUAUCCUAAGUAAUUCUUUAAGACAUGUAAGUACUGGUGCUAAUCCAACUGAAGUUAGAAAUGGUGUUCAAUUAGCAAUCAAUAAAGUCAUUGAAUUUUUGGAAACUCAAAAAGAAGAAGUCACAAGUAAUGAACAAAUGAAACAAAUUGCUGUUGUUUCUUCAAAUGGUGAUGAAAAAUUAGGUGAAUUAAUUGCUCAAGCCGUAGAACAAGUUGGUAAAGAUGGUAUUGUCACUAUAGAAAGUGGUAAUAAAUUAGAAGAUGAAUUAAUCGUAUCUAAAGGUUUAAGAUUUGAUAGAGGUUUUAUUGUUCCACAAUUUGGUAAUUUAUCAAAACCAAGUUCUAAAGUUGAAUUAGAAAAUCCUUUAAUCUUGUUACAUAAAGGUGAAUUAAGAAAUGCUCAACAAAUAUUACCAACUUUAAGUCAUGCACAAAGAGCUAAACGUUCAUUAUUAAUCAUUACUGAAGAUAUGAUUGGUGAUGCUUUAGCAAUUUCAAUCUUAAAUAAAGUUAGAGGUCAAGUUAAUGUAAUUGCUGUUAAAGCACCAGGUUUUGGUGCUCAUAGAGAUCAAUAUUUCUUAGACUUGGAAGCUGCGACAGGUUCCAAGAUUGUUGAUACCGGGGCUGGUGAUGUUGCAAGUACAGCUACAAGACAUCAUUUUGGUUCUGCAAGUUCUGUUACUGUUUCACCAAAUGAAACUACUAUAAUUGGUGGUAAUGGUGAACAAUCUAAGAUUGAUGAACGUAUUGAAUUAAUUAGAAAUGCAAUUGAAGAUGAUAAAACUUCAAUUUCUGAUUAUGAUCAAUUAAAAAUUAGAUUAUCAAAAUUAACAGGAGGUGCUGCAAUUAUAAAACCAGGUGGUGUUACACAAUUUGAAGUUAAAGAGAAAAAAGAUAGACUAGAUGAUGCUUUAAAUUCAACUUAUUCUGCUUUACAAAGUGGAUUUUUACCAGGUGGAGGUGUUGCAUUAUUAAAAGCUAGUUUCCAUUUGAAAAAACAAGAUUUUAAUAAUGAAUCAUUUGAUACAAAAUUAGGUAUAAAUGUUGUUCAAUCUGCUUUAGCUUCACCUUUUACUAAAAUCUUGGAAAAUUCAGGUAUUGAAUCUGGUCAUUUGAAAAGUAAAGUUGAUAAUGGAUCAUUUAGUUUUGGUGUUAAUGCUCAAACUGGUGAAUUAGUUGAUAUGUAUGAAGAUGGUAUUAUUGAUCCUUAUGCUACAAUUAGAAGUGCAUUAACUAAUGCUUCUGGUGUUACAAGUUUAUUAUCAACUACUGAAGUUGCAAUUACUAGUGUUUUAGGUGAAAAAGAAGGGUUUUAA